UCUCGUCAUGGAUAUCCUGAGGCAAAAAGAAAACAAGAUUUUAUUGAUGCGGCUGUACAAAAGAAAAACUUUACAAAACAGAUUGGAACAUUUGAAAAGUGUCCAAGAACAGUCACCUAGAAUAUCAUCUAGAAUUGUCUCCCAAGAACUGAAGAAGAGGCGCUUUGAUUAGUCAUCUAGAAUAGUCUCUUAGUGCAGGCAUCGCCAGCUUAUUGAUCUCAACACCUUAGGGAUUUAUUUCAUGGUAGAUUGACUUCAACAUCUGCAGUGAAUUGACUUCAACUUUGCAGAAAUUGACUUCAUUUUCAAAUCCAAAGGUUCUGUUGCUACUUAACAUGCUCUGAUCCUACAAAGAGAUUCAAGAUGAAGAUGAAAACGAAUACAAAGUCUCGGAGUGAUGGUGCGGCUCCUGAUAGUGACACUGAAAUGGAGUUUGAUGAUAUUAAUGAGCCUGAUAGCCCAAAUGGUGACUCCAAUGAUAAAAACAUAGCAAACAAUACAUUACAUAUUGAUAAUGCAAAUGUUGAUGAUGAUAUGAUUGAUGAUGUCGCUGAUGAUGUUGACCCAGAUGCUAAUAUUGAACCUGGUGGUGAGAAGGAUCGACAAGGAGAAAAUGAUUCAGAAGAGAUGGACCCUGAACUACACAGGCAUCCUUCAGGGAAGGGAUUCAUCUGUCCUGUAUGUAAUGCCCUUCAGGUGAACCAACAGUCAUGGCUAGAUCAUGUCAGUGUCCACUUAGGGACGAAGAACCAUCUCUGUAAGGGAUGCAACAGGAGGUUUUGGUACCAGGAGUCCCUAAAUAGGCACUUAUUAGACUGUUCCCAGAAUUCUGAGUGCCAAUUCUGCGACAAAAUCUUCAAAACUCGCAACGAGUUAAACAUUCACCACAAACUGGUUCACUUUCAUGAAAUGAUGUUUUCAUGCAGUGAAUGCGAUAAAGUGUUUAACAGUCGGGCUCUGAUGCUACGUCACAUGUCAACCCACAGUGGUGUGAGACCAUAUGCCUGCACGCUAUGUGAUAAACGAUUUACAAGACAGGAGCAUGUGAGACGUCACUUCCAGCUACAUAUCUCACCAACAAAGAAGAACCAUAUUUGCCCUUUAUGUAACAAAGGCUUCACACGUAGCGACUCAUUGGCCAUUCAUUUAAAGAAAUGCUCUAGUCAAAAGAUUGAAGGACCUGCCGAGAGAGAUCUUCGCCUCCCUGCAGAUCAGACAUACCUCGAGAUGCAGGAAUACAGACGUCGGCUCUAUGGAGAACAAAAUGAAGAACUUAAAACAUUUGGAGAUCUGGCAAAUGAACAAUUAGGUAGUAAUAUUCCCGAAUCACAUGAAAACAGUCCUGAAAGGUCUACCCUUGUUGAAAAACACCCUCCAUCACAACCAGACCCAUCUAGUGGUGAACCACCUGGUGCUGCCCUAGUCAGAGUAAAGCAGGAGCCCUUCGAUGACAUUCUCAACCCAAUACAUGUCUCUACUGAAGAACCAAUAAAAGAACCCCCUCAGCCUAGGCAAGGAUCAGAGGACUCUAUUGACAAAUACAGGAAUACUGAUAACUAUGUAUAUUACCCUGAAACUGAGGUAUACCCCAAUGAUGAUUACGUAAUGGACUACCCAGGCAGCAGAAAUGGCUUUGGUGUCAAACGCCAGUACAGCCAGAUGGAGGACCCAGGAGGUGAUUCAUCUGAAAAACCCUUAUAUGAAGCUCUUUUUGAGGAACUUGGAAACAAUGCCAGAAUCAAGAAAAAGAAAAAUCGUAAAUCUCGACCUCUCCGUGUUUUUCAGAAUGGUGACGAUGAAUAUGACGUGGACAGUAAGCCAUAUAUGGAGACUGUUAACGCAGCUUGGUUGAAUUACGCAUCACAUAAAACUGACUCUGUCACCCCUUCCCCCAGAAAUUCAACUAGCCCUAGACAAAGUCCAUUAAUCAGCCCUGAUGCAUCCCGGUCUAUGGUGCUUCCCACUGCCGUGCAAUCUCAACCCAAGUCACUCCCUAGUCCUGGGGGUAGCCACUCCUCUACAUCUCCUAGAUCUGAACCCCUAGCUCCACCCACAGAAUCUCCUAGGUCUCAACCCCUACAUACAUCCAGUUCUAACACCACCCCUCCUGCUGUGACAAAAGUAGAUGACCCAAAGUCAAUGUUAAGAUCCCUAUUAGGUAAGAAGCAGUCUAACGAUUCAAACACAAACAAUGAUACGAACAAGGAUGAUGAGAAAACGAGCCCCAAACCGGGUGAUUCAUGUGACAUAGACACACAAGAUAGGAUCAACAGAGCAAAGAGCUUGGCCCAGUUACAUUCCAUGAAGAUGGCCCAGUCACAAAUUAAGGACAAUAACAGUACAUGUGACAACCCUCGCACACCUUCACCAAGGAUGGUGUCAUUAUUGACUGGCAGUGUAAUUAACAGAGACAAAUUACCACUUGCUCCAACGCCUAGGCUUAACACAGCAAAAACAAAUGGUGUCGGUAGUUAUGGAGACAGCUUAUAUAGAGCAGAUGUUUCUAGAAUACGCGCUGAACAUCAGAAUGGCGACUUGAUAAUGAACACUAAACCGCAAAAGCCAGCGUAUAAACAUUACGAAAAUGGAGUGAUUGAAACAUCACUUGAUCGAUUAUCCAAAUCAAAGGAACUGUUUGGGUGUAAAUUUUGUCAGAUGUGGUUUGAGGAUUGUGCUCUCUCAUUGGCCCAUUCUGCGUUGCAUAGUAAGCAUGACCCCUGGCAAUGCACAAUGUGUGGCAAGAUUUGUAAGGAUAAAUAUGACUUUAUGUGCCAUCAUGUUUACUCAAAUAAUCCUCCAUAAUGGGAUGGGGGGGGCAUGAAUUAUGAGUAUUGUACAAAAUUAAAUAUUGAUCACAUUCCUUAGGUGCUCCUAGAGAAACCAUAGUUUCAAACUGGUGUAAUGUAUAAUAGUAAGGGUAAGAGUUAUUGAGUAAAAUAUUUUCAUGGCACAUGAAGGGACAAGUUCGGACAUUCCCAUGGGACAUAC